AUGCCGAACUAUACUGUUGAACCUCAAUCAGAUAAUCCUGAACCUCAAUCCAAUAAUCCUGAACUUCUACUCAAAAGAAUUAGGGAAUUAGAAGAAAAAAAUAUCCAAUUAGAUACUGUUAGGGAUCACAG